AUGACUGAUUAUGUCGACUUGGAUGAUGACUUGGAUACUGGGGAUGAAACGGAUCAAUCUGAGGCACUCGAGACUUCAGCAUCCGAUUUCUAUAAAGCCUUCGAAGUAAAAGAUAUAUUGGGAUAUGGAUUAGCAUCAACUGUUCGACUCUGUAUUGAAAAGGGAACAGGUUUGGAAUUUGCAGUAAAAAUUGUUGAUAUCAGUACGGAGCGGCAAUCAGAAGCGGAAGCUCGUCGACUGUAUAAUGAAACAAUUAGUGAAGUGAAUUUACUACGAAAACUUUCAGAUCACCCUUCAAUUAUUAAUAUACAUGACUUCUACGAAACACCGGCAUUUCUUUUCGCUGUUUUUGAAAUGGCUCCAAAGGGUGAACUAUUCGAUGUUCUCAAUAAGUCAGUAACGGUUAGUGAGAAAAAAGCAAGACGCCUGAUGCAACAGCUUUUUGACGGUGUUGCUUAUAUGCACGACAAAAAUAUUGUACAUAGAGAUAUCAAGUUGGAAAAUAUUCUUUGUAUUGAUGACGAAAGAAUUGUGAUUAGCGAUUUUGGCUUCGCUACUCAGUUACAACCAGGACAGAAAUUGAAAGAAUUAUUGGGAACGCCUGGUUAUUUAGCGCCUGAAAUGCUGAAAUGUCAGAUGUACGAGGAUGAAGAUGGAUACAGUGUUGAAGUGGAUGACUGGGCGCUUGGUAGAGAAAUAGAUAGAGUAAAUUUUGAUUUAAUUGAGAGUUUUUACUAUUUAAGGCUUGCUGGUUGUGCACCUUUCUACCAUCGACGACAGCUAAUGAUGCUUCGUAUGAUACAGGAAGCGAAAUAUGAAUUUCGAGCAGAUCAGUGGUCUCAAAUCACUUCCGAUGCUAAAGAUUUGAUCAGCCAUUUACUAGUAGUUGAUAUUCAUCAACGUUUAACAGCAGCCCAAUGUUUACAUCAUCCAUGGAUGAAAACUGCUGCUGUAACGCUAAAGAAGAGUGUGUUACAGCAACAACUUAUUGUGGAAAAACGAGAUUACAAGAAACUUUGGAAAUACGGUAUUACAAUGGCACGGUUUUUCGUGCGUCUAACGAAUAUCAAAGUCUUGAAACUACUGAUUGAUCAUGAUAUACUGAGAGAACGUCCAUUUCGUGAUCGUGAUAUUCGACGCGAAUCCGAAGCUGUUGUAUUUGAAGUCUAUGGGCAUUGGGUAAAUCGUGAUUUUUACUAUUCACGCGAUAUGUUGUUCGCUAAUAAGCCUAAGCCGAAGUACAGAAAGGUGGAAAUUGAGAUUCUUAUAAGGUAUUCAGUAGAGGGAUUGCAACUCUGUGUUGUGAAAUGUUGGUCCUUUGAUUAUGAAAUAAGAGUUGAGCCCUAUUCUAAUGUGACUGGUCGUAGCAGAAGAACGAUGUGA